AUGGAGCUGGAGGACCGCUUGGUGGACUUCGUGGGCUCCGAAAUCCGCUUUCUCUCCCAGUUCUUCGAGCACGAUGGGCUCCGGGACUACAUCGCCUACCGUCAAGGGAAGUCCUUGGAAGAUGAUGAAGGUCGAGACCGAAACAAGGAUGCAGGAUUGGUGGAGAGCAUGUGGCAUGUUGUCGAUGCUCUUUGCAAGGCCGAGUUCACGGGGAGCAUGCGGGCUGGAGAGGCGGACGCCAAGUUGCAGGCUUUGCUUCGUGGAAAGAUCAAGUUCACGGUGCUGUGUGCACCGGAACGCGACGCGCACGGCGCGGUGGUGACGGCGGAGGUCGACUUCGCGGUGGAGCUGGACCUGGAAGACAAGAUCGCGGACCGGGCAGACGAGCGGCUACAGCGCUUGAGAAAAGUCAUGAAUGAUAUGGACAAGAAGGACUGUCCGCUCAUCGAGAGGUGCAGACGACGCGCCCUGUGA